AUGGCAGACAGCGGCAGUAUUGGAGCUGUCCGGACAUUAAAGAGGAAGAAUGUGAAGGGCCUCGCUUUAGCAAAGCCCGCAGCUAGAGCUGUCCAGCCCUCGGAAAGCGAUCUCCAGAUGCCAGGCGGAGAAAAGCACGAUGCUAGUAGACAAACCGCACAACUAGAGAUUGGGAUCGAAUAUAAAUUAGACUUGAAGAAGGAAGACCUUGCGGUCCUAAAAGAACUUGGUCAUGGUAAUGGAGGGACUGUCAGUAAAGUUCGACAUGUAGCCACCAACACUGUCAUGGCGAGGAAGGUUAUACACGUCGAAGCCAAAACCGAAAUGCGUCGUCGGAUAGUUCGAGAACUGCAAAUUAUGCACAAUACCAGCUCGGACUAUAUAGUCAACUUCUAUGGGGCAUUCUUGAGCGAAAACAGCGAUGUUAUUAUGUGUAUGGAAUAUAUGGAUGUAGGGUCCUUGGACUGGGUCUCCAGGCAAUUCGGGCCCGUCCGAGUCGAUGUAUUGGGAAAGAUCGCAGAGGCCACCCUCGGCGGACUAACUUAUCUGUACACGAACCAUCACAUCAUGCACAGAGACAUCAAACCCUCCAAUAUAUUGGUAAACUCAAGAGGACAGAUAAAACUGUGCGAUUUUGGGGUCUCAGGGGAGCUAGUAAACUCCGUUGCGGAUACCUUCGUCGGUACAUCGACAUACAUGGCCCCCGAGCGAAUCCAAGGCCAGAAAUAUACCGUGAAGUCUGACGUAUGGAGUUUUGGACUCUCUAUUAUGGAAUUAGCUAUUGGAAAAUUCCCCUUUGAUGCUAGCGAGCAAUUGUCGGACGGGGACGGAGCCCCAGCGGGUAUCCUGGAUCUGUUACAACAAAUUGUCUAUGAGCCAGCGCCGAAGCUUCCCAAGAGUGAAGCUUUUCCAUCAAUUCUCGAGGACAUGAUUCAGAAGUGUAUGGCAAAGGGACCUGAAGACCGACCCACACCGGCGGAGCUCUAUGAACGUGAGCCUUUUGUUCAAGCCGCUAAACGUACUCCUGUAGAUCUGAGGCAAUGGGCUGUGAGUAUGAUGGAGAGAGAUAACCGUAAAUCCCAUCUCGCCCCUCAACUAUCACCCUCGACGGAGAAGCUCCUUCGCUCAGUUGACUCGCCUACUGCGGGGCCCAAUUCAGCGGAGUACUCUUUGCCCACACCCACAUCGGGCGAUAUUCCCAUCGGAGGAGCUGAUGUGCGUUCCGGCUUGGCAUCUCCGCCAUAUGGUGAUAGCAGCAGGUCACCUACGAAGAACGGUUCAAUGAGCCUGGGCCGUGCAUCUGGUACCUCUGUCUCUGCCCAUCCCGGCCUCCCUCCCAGGACUCAAACCUCAUCCUCAAUACCGAAAAUGACAACUAUGAAUGCCCCCGACCGUAGUGGAAGUAACGGACCAUCAAGCGCCGGUGCCGUCACUUUCAGCACCGCAUCUCUGCCAAUGCGACCUGCGCCACCCGCUGGGCCUCUUCCACCGCCUCCUGUUCCAAAUAAAGAGAUCAGUGAUCUUGAUGUCAAGAAGGAGAGUCGGAGACAAGCAACUUUUGGAAACAGCUUGUACGGUGCGGGAGGAUACCCAAGCGGCAAUGGCCAGCAAUACUAG